CAACCCUCCCUUUCACAACGUGAUGACGUGUCGGCGGCGCUGCGGCGCGUUCGUUUUGCUGGGGCUCCUGCUCCUCAUCGUUUCAACCUAUGCACAGAACAUGUACUGUGGCCGCCGCGAGUGCUACGACAUUCUUGGCUUGCGAGGACAAGAAACGACCGCGACAACGGCGGACAUCCGACGAGCCUACAGGAUACUGUCACUGCAAUUCCACCCGGACAAGAACCCGAGUCCCGACGCGGCCCAGAUAUUCCAGGAAAUUGCAACAGCAUACGAAGUGUUGUCGGGGGGUCUCUCUCGACAAGCGUAUGAUCAUUACCUGAACAACCCCGACGAUCAUGCGUACAACUACGGCAUGCACGUCUACCACGUGUACGCGCCAAAAUCCGACUACCGCGUGAUUGGCAUCGUCUUCAUCUUGUUUUUGUCGCUCGUGCAAUACUACGCUCAGCUGCAUCGCCACAAGCAAGCGCUGGCGUACUUUCGAGAGAGCAAAGACGUCGUCCGCAAAGCUCAAUCGAUCCAAUCAAGUCGACGUGCUCAGGCAAGCCGAUGUGACGACCAAGCAAAGACGCGGCAGCGCGGGGUUGGCGGGAAAGACAAGAAGCAGAAGAAAGAGCACGACCGCGCCGAGUUGACAGCGAUCGUCGACGAACUCAUGGAGAAUGUAGAAAUCUCUGGCGGAUACGCCAAGCCCAGCGUGGCCAACUUGUUGGUCGUCCGCUUGGCGCUCUUGCCCGUCACAAUUGCCAAGGUCGCGCAGUGGCACCUCACGUGGUGGUUCAAGUACACAGUGCGAAACAAUCCUUUCGCCCCCGACGACGUCGAGUACCUCACGUGCAAAGCUCUGGGCAUCUCGCCAGAGUAUUUCCACAGCGACCAAUUCAUCGAAGACCGAGACGAAGUGUUGAGUCGCGAGCUGUGGCAGCCGGAGAACAUGCUCGCGUACCAACACGACUUGGCGGCGCGAUGGAAGCGCAAGUACCCGACAAAGUACAAACAAAUGCUUGCAUCGCGCAAGCGGGCGGGGGUCCCCGACUUGGAACCGGAAGACUCGGACUACGACAACGAUUCCGACUAGCUCCAAUUAUGUACCAUUCAAAAUGUACCGCCAAACCAACUUGUGAAGC